GGCAACGGCGGAGAGCCCGGGCGAGCCGGCGAGGGAACGGGGAGCGAGGCGGGGAGCGCCGGCCCAGCGGGAGGGAGCUGUCCAGGUGCCGACCUCGCCGGCCGCCUCUUAUGAACCAGCGCGGCGUUGGUUGUAAUCUCUCGAACUCAUGGUGGGCUUUUGAGCCGCGCUGGAGCGCAAGCGAGAGGCCUGCCAGGGCGCAGCCUCGCCGCGCACAAAAGCAGCAGCCGCCGCCGCCGCCGCCGCUGCGGGAACAAGGACUCGCGCGGCGCAACCGCCCAGGCUGGAGACCUCCGCGGCGGGCAGCGCUCCAUUCAGGGGUUUGGAACGAGCAAGCAAAAAAUACCACGAAGCCAUAGCGCGCCGCGAUUGCCAUUCUUGAGUCCUUUCGGGGUUUGCUUUUUUUAUUCUUAUUAUUAUAAAAAAAAAAUCUGAUUUUUCUCCCCCUCCGCAAAUUUUAUUUUUGUACGUUUUCCGUUCUUUCUUUUUUGUUGUUGUUCUUUUUCUUCGGCUGUCUCCUUCCCCUUCCUGCCCCCCCAUCACCCCUGCGCCCCUCCCGCAUCUCGCCCACCUCUCAUUUGAACCCAUCGGCUGAAGCUGCGGGGGCUUCGUCACAUUCCGGGAGAGUUCAGAAACCAUGCCAAGAUCUUUCCUGGUUAAAAAGGUCAAACUUGACGAUUUCUCCUCGGCGGAUCUAGAGAACUCCUACGGCAGGUCGCGGACAGACUUCAGCUCCCGGAUCCAUGACAAGGGAGGCUACAUCAGCGAGUACAUCUCCCCGUCGUCGGUGUACGAGGGCGAGAGCGACGGCGGGCUCAAGGUCCCUUCGCCGACGGGCGUCAUCUACCCCGGCAGCCACGGCGACUACGGCGCGCCCGACUCGGACCCGCCGGACAGCCCCCACUCGGAGUUGGCCGGCGGCUACAUCAACGGCGACGCGGCGGUGAGCGAGGGCUACGCCGUCGAUGCCUUCUUCAUCACCGACGGCCGCUCGCGCCGCAAGGCGGCGGUGGUGGGCGGCGGCGGGGCGGCGGGUUCCCGGCUGGGCCAAGCUCCGCAGCAAUCCGGCCCGCAGGGCGGCCCUCCCCUUGCUCCGCAGCAGCAGCAGCAGCAGCAGCGGCACACGUGCACCGAGUGCGGCAAGACGUACGCCACGUCGUCCAACCUGAGCCGCCACAAGCAGACGCACCGCAGCCUGGACAGCAAGAUGGCCAAGAAGUGUCCCACGUGCGGGAAGGUGUACGUGUCCAUGCCGGCCAUGGCCAUGCACCUCCUGACGCACGACCUCAAGCACAAGUGCGACGUGUGCGGCAAGGCCUUCAGCCGGCCCUGGCUGCUGCAGGGCCACAUGCGCUCGCACACGGGCGAGAAGCCCUUCGGCUGCGCCCACUGCGGCAAGGCCUUCGCCGACCGCUCCAACCUGCGCGCCCACAUGCAGACUCACUCGGCCUUCAAGCACUUCAAGUGCAAACGCUGCAACAAGACCUUCGCCCUCAAGUCCUACCUGAACAAGCACUACGAGUCCGCCUGCUUCAAGGGCGCCGUCCCGCCCCCGCUCAGCCCCCUCGACGCCUGAACCCGCGCCCGGCCGCU